CAGCUGGAAGCUCCGUCCACUUGUAUGAUCGAGUGCUCCUCCAUGGAAUCAGCAGUGCAUUGGUCUCAUUCUCCACAUAGCCUGCGUGUCAGUGCAGUCUACUUACAGCUGGCUGUGAGCAGAACUGACCUUGCUUUCUUUAUUAUUACACGCUACUUUUUUAAAGCCAACUCGUUGACAGGCUUGAUCAAUUUUGACAUCUUUUGUAACGGUGUUUUUCUUUUUCUACAAAGUUGGAGGCUGGGCCUUUAACUUUCCUGUGGGGGGAAAGAGAAAAGAGUAGAUAAUUGUUGUUGUCGGUAAGACUUUUUUAAAAAAGGCGAUAGAUGCUACUGACGAAAAUGGACCUGUUGAACUACCAGUACCUGGACAAGAUGAACAACAACAUUGGCAUACUCUGUUACGAAGGAGAAGCAACCUUGCGAGGCGACCCCAGACUCCAGUCCCUGUCCCUAUCUUCAUCUUCCUCUUCGUCUUCAUCCUCUUCCUCCUCCUCCAAUUCGUCCAUCGCAAGCCACAGGACGGGCCCGCCUCCGAUCAGCCCCACCAAGAGGAAGCUGAGCGGCGAGCAGGGGGACAGCGACAUGGAUGACAACGAACAUGUGGCCAAGAUGAGCCGACUUUUCGCCACGCAGUUGAAACCUCACGGCGACUAUCGCAGCCCCCCCUCCUCCAAAGACCAGAGCCGGAGCCCCAUCGAGCGUGUGGUGUUGCCCGGCGCUCUGGGUGUCCACGCCAACCACCUGUACAGCCACCAUCACCACCAUCAUCACCAUCACCACCAGCAGCAUCAUCACCAUCACCUGGCCAGUUUAGCUGCCAUGGACCAGCCGCUGGCGCUCACCAAGAGCAGCAGCAGCAGCAGCAUGGUGGAAUCUGUGGCCCGAAGCACGACAGCACCUCCGACCGCCGUCCCGCACACGGUGGCGGAACGCCAGCAGAACCGUCCGUCUGUGAUCACGUGCGCCCCCGCUAACAACCGUAAUUGCAACUUGUCUCACUGCCCGCUGUCUCACAACGGCUGCUCCAGCCUGGCCAACAACUACAGGAGAGUCCAUACCAACACGGCGUGUGACCCCGUGAUCGAGGAGCACUUCCGCCGCAGCCUGGGCAAGAACUACAAGCCCGAGCCCGAACCGGCGAUUGCGGCAGCAUCGGCGACCGCCACCAACUCGGUGUCCAUCACGGGCUCGGUGGACGACCACUUCGCCAAGGCGCUGGGCGAGACCUGGCUGCAGAUCAAGAACAAGAGCAGCCCGUCCUCAUCCACCAGCAGCCCAAACUCCUCCCCCGACAGUCGCAUGAUCAACCACAACCACUCCCCCUCUCUGGUCUCCUGAACAGGGACCCCCCCAACCCCGCCCCUGCCCGCCCUUCAUGGCCUCCUUGAUGGAGCCCGUGUCUGCUGGUCUGCUAUGACCCCGCCCCUCUUCACCUUGCUGACGAUCAAUCAAGCAAUAACAGUCACAUGAUGAGGAAGCUCAUCUUCUGUAGUUUUUUUUGUACAUAAAGAACAAGUUUUACUUUUGUUUUUUCUUGUAACUCUAGUUUUGUCUUCUGGAUCUGAGAGGAAAAGAAGCUGGAAACCACCGGACCGUGCUACCAAAGUUUCAUGUAGGCUCCGCCCACUCUUUCCUCCCAUCCACUGGCUCCACUCUUCCGCUAGCUCAACCACUCCAGUUCAUGAUGCUAACUUCUUCCUCUUUUUACGCCCAUUCCCGAACCACCCGCACGGCCCCUUUUUUUUCUUUUGGCGCCCUGAAAUGUUCCUAGAAUUCUUUUAUCACAUGGUUCUGUAGCUCCGCCCCCAUCGUGUCUCGCUCUCCAAACACACACUGUGGUUUUUGUUCAGAUUUCUUAAGGUUUUAAGGGUAAACUAAUGCAUGUAUUAUUUGUUUUGUUGUUUUUAAUAAUAGCUGGUAUCUAUUAGUAAGCAUUUCAAAUACUUUUUAAUUAAUUAGCUUUUUUUUUUUCUUUCAGUCGGAUGUUAGCUAAUAACUAAGUAACACACGUAAGACGAUAUACGCUCACUGCUGGAUCAGUUGUACUCCAUGUUGUUAUACCGUUGAUGUUACCAUGUCGUAUUGUUGUUUUGUUUUAUGCUCAGUGUGCUAGCAAACACAUAGCAGGUCGCGAGUUAGCCUCCGGACAGGCGCCGCUAAACGAAAACCUCCAGUGUUGUGAUGUCGAUCACACAGAAUCAGAACCACGUGGACACCAGGAUGAUAAACAUUCCUAAUUUAGGGAACGGAGUUUAAAUGGAGUGCAGUACUUUGCUGCAACCAGCAGAGGCGCUGCUGAGUCAGUUUCCACUGGUUUGCUGUGUAAGGAAAACAUGAUAACACCAGCAUGGAAACAGGAGUUUUAUUUGGAUUAUUUGAUGGUUACUUUUCCGAAUGAAGGCAAUUUGGUAAAAAAAAAAAAAAAAUCGCCUACGACUCGGGAACUUUGCUGGUAUCUGUAAAGCUGUACAGUUUAUUUUGGCAUGCAAAAAUCAUUGAUCAUCCACAACGUCUGUCACCCUUCCACUGAAGCUAAAUGACAAAGACACCUGUCACACAGAUCACAGCAAAGCGGCGUUAUUGCCUGACUCCACAGUAUAAUCUGUGACGCAUACAUGCGUAUAAAAUACCUGACGUACGUGUCAGGUGUAAAACUUCCCAUUCAUCCUGCUUCUGUUACCACACUAAUGCUACUUCCCGUAGCUGUAAAGUUGCCAGGUUGACUUCAUCCAAACCCCCAUUCAUACAAAAAAAACCCUCGUGUUGGUAUCGUAAGCGUACCGAACCGUACCACUUGGUGGAAAAAGUGCGUAGUUGAAGAUCAAGUGUAGACAUUCCAUUCUUGUUCACCACAUCAACAAUGUGGCGGGGGAAAAAGAAAAAAAAAGUUAAAAGUCAGUGAGGCGUUCAGGAGCUGAGCUUCUGUCAGAUCACGCAAAGUCUCUGCCUUCCACUCGGCAAACAGUUUUUUUUUUUUUGUUUCCCAGGUUAACAUUUCACUGCCGCGUUGUAGUUUGGAGGCUUUUUAUCUGCUUCAGUACACACACACACACACAUAGUAGGAGUUUUUUUUUUUUUAAUAAUAGGUAACUAUAAGACCAUCAUUACGCUGUGCGUAACGGAUGUACAGAGAAAAACAACAAAUCCUAGGUAUUUUUCAAGGAGCAAUUAAUUUGUUAAUGAUAUGUAGCUAUUUAAUUGUUUUCUUUUCUGUCUCGUAUUAUUAUAAUCAAUGCAUUUUCUUUUUGUCUUUUUUUGGUGGAAAAAGUUGAUCUUUUUAAUUUUGUGUUUGAAUUCAAGUUUGUCUUGUUAAAAAAGCGAGAGAAAAAGAAAAGGAUGAAAACGUGCAGGAACACAAGAAGAAGCCACUGGACUUGUCAGUGACAAUCGCUACUUUGACGGGAGGUGAUUGGCGUUGGCUACUAGGACAGCGCCACCUGCUGCCUGCCCGCCCUCUUUUUUUUUCCCCCACAUCUUCCUGGUUCAGUCCAGUAAUGUUCAUUCAUGCUUCACUCAUCUGCUUUGUUGCCAGAUGAGUCUUUUUCAAGAGGACAUGCGGCGAUCAAUCAAAAGUAGACAUUUUAAAGUAGCACCUACUUACAAUUGGGGGAAAAAAAAACACAAAUAACACUUUGUGGCUGUGUCUCCUACUGAAAAGGUUUUGGCAGGCCACCUUUUUGUUUUUUUUGUACGUAAAAAGUAGCCUUGAUGAACAAUAAAGUACUUUUUGAAAUCACA